CCUCUCUAUAACCCAUGUCUCCCCUUCCAGCUGGCCUCUCCCUGACGGAGAACACCAGUCUAGAAGUUAUGAUGCAGUCCCUCGCCCCCGCGCUCCUGGCAGAGCUCGCCAAGAAGAAGGGAGGUGCCUCUCGGAAAACUGAAACGGGAAUGUCCAAGUCGGGAAGCAAGCUCGGAUCUGGAAGGUCAUCAACCAGGAAAUCGUCCUCUCCCUCCAAGUCAUCCAGCUCCACUUCUACCAAGACUAAGAAGAAACGAGGUCCAGGGACCUCAGCUCUGUUAAAACUGAUGAAUAUCCCUCAGCACACAGCUCAUGAUGAGGUGAUGAAGGCCGUAGAACCCUUCGGAAAGAUCAACAACAUCAUCCUGCUCAAGUCCAUACAGCAG